AGACAGAGAGAGAGAGAGAGAGAGAGAGGAGAGAGACAGAGAGAGAGGAGAGAGACGGCGAAAUGUAUAUUCCGCAGAUGAAGGAAUAUUCUUGAGGCGAAGGGCUCUGUGAGAUGCCAUGUCUGGGGAUUAUGAAGAGGAGAUAUGUAAGACUGCGCUGAUGUUGGUUCAGGAGCUCUGCUCUCACAAGGACGUCUUCGACAGCAACGACAAGUGCCAGGAAUUCAACUACCUGCUGAGCGAUCGAGAGAGGAUCCGAUACUCCGAGCCAGAUAUCUCAGUCAGUCUCCUCUCUGUUAUCGUCACGUUCUGCGGGAUCGUUCUUCUUGGAGUUUCUCUCUUCGUCUCUUGGAAGCUGGAUACUAAAGAGGGGGGUAACGGAGAGAGUGGAGAUGGGGGGGGGGGGGGCGGAGGGGGGCGGAGAGAGGGGGGGGGCGGAGGGGGUCCUGAGAUGCCCGAACAUUCCUACCUGGAUAUGGACUCCUACCCCCAGGGGCAACAACCUCCUGUGGCAAGUGCAGGGGGGGGGGUUGGGGGGCUCAAGCUCAGUCACACCUCUCCAGAGCUGCCCCCGGCCUCAGAUUCGGGGGUCCCUCCACCCCACAGAGAGCUGUCCAACGCACACUCCCAACAGCAGGUGUCAGCGCGGACGGCGCCCCGGCCCCCGGCCCCACGGCCCCCCAGUCCCGAGCUGCACCUGGAUGAGAAGCAGGACCAGUCAACCAGCAUCGGGCUGAUCAAGCCAGAACUGUACCGGCUCCGAGCGGAGCAGGGGGGGGGCAAGCAGGGCGAGACUGGCACCUGCGGGCAGAUCAGCUUCAUGGUGCGCUACGCCUACAACACAGAGCAGCUGGUGGUGAAGAUCCUGAAGGCCCUUGACUUGCCUGCGAAGGACAGUAACGGCUUCUCUGACCCCUACGUGAAAAUCUACCUGCUCCCCGAUCGCAAGAAGAAAUUCCAGACCAAGGUCCACAGGAAGACCCUGAACCCCGUGUUCAACGAGACGUUCAGUUUCGGGGUCCCCUUCGCGGAGCUUCCGGGGCGCAAGCUGCACUUCUCUGUGUACGACUUCGACCGCUUCUCCCGACACGACCUCAUCGGCCAGGUCAUCGAGGACAGGCUGCUGGAGGUCCAGGACCAGCCUCUGUGGAGAAACAUCAGAGAGGCCACUGCGUCAGUGUCUCCGAGUCUCCCUGUCUCACUGUCCUCUCCUCCUCUCCCCCCUCUCUCAGACCCCUAUGUCAAAGUGUCUCUGAUCUGCGAGGGGCGUCGUCUGAAGAAGAGGAAGACCUCGAUAAAGAAGAACACCCUGAACCCCACUUAUAACGAGGCGCUGGUGUUCGACAUCCCCAACGAGAACAUUAACCAGCUCAGCCUGAUUAUCGCUGUCAUGGACUACGACUGUAUCGGACACAACGAGGUGAUUGGAAUGUGCAGGGUGGGCAGCGAUGCCGAGGGUCCCGGUCGAGACCACUGGACCGAAAUGCUGGGGAACCCUCGGAAACCCAUCGAGCACUGGCACCAACUGGUGGAGGAGAAGGUCAUGAACACUUAUGUAUCUAAAAGUGCAACAUUAGGUGCAUCCAAACCCCACAUUACAGUGGAGAGCCCCCACUCUGAGUAAAGAGGAUCGAAGGAGCGGAGAAUCCAUCCCUCUCCUCCAUCACUUUCUUUAAUUUUAGUUUUUUUCCUGAGUUUUUUAAACUAUUCUGGGAGAGGAAGAGGAAUACAGGAGACCGAAGGAGAGAAAACAAAUCAAAUCUUCCCAGCCCGAGGGGGGACACAGUUAAGGGACGGACCAGCCUUCUGACAAGCCUGUGCGACAGCGGAAAGGGUCCCUCUUCACAACUCACAGAAAAAAUAUGCCCUAGGACACCUGCUGGAGUUCAUCCUCGUUGCCGGGGGUGACACAGUCGUGUGACACACCCACUGUGUGCAACUCUCAAUAACGUCCUCCAGAGUUCUUCAGGGGGAACUAUUUUUUUUUCUUUCUUGGAGUGAGGAGGACACAGUUUCAUGAUAGACCUUCCUCUGCGUGCAGUGCUAAAAAGUGUCCCCCCCCACACACUUUUCAAUUUUGUGAAUUUAAGAAGGAACCUUUAAGUCCCUGUUGACGAGGGGGGGCGUGGGACAGCAUUCUGUGACGAACCUACUUGCAUGCGCAACACAGAAGAGA